CGCGGGGCGGGGCCUGGCCGCGGAAGCUGUUCCGGGCCGCCGGGCAGCCAUGGCGGAUGAGGAGGAGGACGUGCCGUUCGAAGAGGACGCGGAGGACGCCGGCGGGGGCCUGGACGGCGGGCAGGGCAGGAGGAAGCGGCUGUUCUCCAAAGAGCUAAGGUGCAUGAUGUAUGGAUUCGGAGAUGACCAGAACCCUUAUACAGAAUCAGUGGACAUUCUUGAGGACCUGGUAAUAGAGUUUAUCACUGAAAUGACACACAAGGCCAUGUCCAUCGGGCGGCAGGGUCGGGUGCAGGUUGAGGAUAUUGUCUUUCUGAUACGCAAGGAUCCCCGGAAGUUUGCCAGAGUUAAAGACCUCCUAACUAUGAAUGAAGAACUGAAACGAGCCAGAAAGGCCUUUGAUGAAGCAAACUAUGGGUCUUGAUUCUGUGCACCUGCUGCCCCGUAAGAAGGAAGAUCAUGUAUUGUUUGGAAGGGUUUUGUAGGAUGGUCACUGCUGGGAUGUCUGCCCUGCCUCACAGCCUUUUCUGAGAAAUAUUAGAGCAGCUAAAACGUUA